AUGUUGGCAACCGCGGCAGGCAUCUGGAAGAAGGUCCGGAUGCACUCGAUGAGCGUUGUGUUUUCGCCCUCUGGCCGCACCUCUGGUUCUGCGUCCUUGAUCGCGAGCUCCACCACGCACACCCCGCAGAAUACCUCCGCGAGCAGGACGCCCAGGCUCCAGAUGUCCGCUGGGCAGGGGUCGUCGCGGGGAACAUCUCGAAGCACCUCUGGGGCGGCGAAGGGCACGGUGCCGCAGGGGCUCUGGCACAUCUUGCUGUCGUCCUGGAUGAUGACGGAGAGGUCGAAAUCGGCCAGCUUGAUGGUGGUGGUCUCGGGCGUCUCAUUGACAGUGAUAUUUUCUGGCUUGAUGUGUGUGAACUGGUUCACGGCGCGGUAG